AUGGAUGUAUUUGGGAUCUUUAUCUCUCUAUUCGUACAAGCUAUGUUUGAUAAAUUGUCUUCUUUUUUUAGCAACUUAGUGAGCACAGCGGACGUUGGCACGAGCAUCCAGAAUUUGAAGAAGGCAUUAGAGGAUUUAGAGACUUUGUUGGCUGAUGCAGAGAACAAACAGAUAUACCACAAGGAUAUCAAAAAGUGGCUUGAAGAGGUUUACCAUUUGGCUUACGAUGCAGACGACAUAUUGGAUGAUUUUGCCACUAACAAUCUCGAAAAGAAGCUAAUGGUAGAGGAGACGACGAUCGAAAGAAGACCAGCUAAGUUCCCACGCCUCUCUAAUAUUGUUCCAUUCAAUUUAAAAAAUGGGUCAAAUCUAAUUGAUAUCACCAGUCAAUUACACAAAGUUGCUACGAAAGGAAAAGAACUUGGUUUAGAUAAAAGAUUUGUUGGAAAGAUGCCUACAGAUUUAUGGCAGAGAUCACAAACUACAUGUUUGAAGGAGCCUCACAUUCAUGGUAGAGAUGAAGACAUCAAACAAAUUAUCGGAUUGCUACUUGGGGAUGCACCUACUGCAAAAAAGUUCGAUGUAAUUCCUAUUGUAGGAAUGGGUGGGAUCGGCAAGACUACACUAGCUCAGCACAUUUAUGAUCACAACAAAGUAGAAAAGCAUUUCAAUAUGAAAGCAUGGGUUUGUGUUUCUGUUGACUUCGACAUUCUGGGAACAACAAAGGCAAUUUUGGAGUCAUUCACUCACUGUACAUGUGAUUUGGGCAAGUUAAAUGAGGUUCAAGUCCAACUAAGAGACACACUGGCAGAAAAAAAGUUUUUGCUUGUCCUAGAUGAUGUGUGGCACUAUGGACAUGAUGGGUGGAAUUCGCUACGAUUGCCAUUUGGAGCCGGAGCACCUGGAAGUAAAAUCAUUGUGACAACGCGAGAAGGAGGUGUUGUGCAGAGGCUUACCCUUGGCAACUUAUUAUGCUGUAAACAAGAAGAACAUGAAUGGAAAGAGAUACUAAACAGCAAUAUAGGGAAUGAGGAAAGUGGCAUUCUCACAGCAUUAAAAUUGAGCUACCUUCAUCUCCCGGUCCAUUUGAAGAGGUGCUUUUCCUAUUGUGCAAUUAUCCCAAAGGACUACGAAUUCACGAAUGAGGAAUUAGUCUUGCUAUGGAUGGCUAAAGGUUUAAUUGAGCAACCAAAAGGUGGAGACCAAAUGGAAGAUUUAGGCCGCAAGUAUUUUCACGAAUUGGUGUCAAGAUCAUUUUUUCAACUGUCAAGUGGUAACAAAUCGCAAUUCAUAAUGCAUGACCUCAUCAAUGAUUUGGCUUAA